AUGGCUGCUUCUUCCAAAGUUUGCUUUGUUCUGUCCUUGAUCCUAGCUCUAUCAUUUUCAAGCAUCAAGGUUUCUAACGCAGCUCGCUACCUUCUGCAGACGACGCCAGGAAUACCUACAAUGCCAUCGUUGCCCAAGUUGCCUCCAUUGCCUACCAUGCCAAGCUUCCCUACAGCCACAUUGCCACCAUUGCCAGCUACCCCUUUGCCCACAUUACCCACAAAUCUUCCAUCACUGCCAAAGCCCACAUUUCCGCCAUUGCCAAGCACUCAGCUUCCAACUUUGCCUUCCAUUCCAUCUAUUCCUACUACAAUUCCUACUUUACCUUUCCCCUCACCACCACCAUCAAGCUAG